UUUGUUUUUUUUUUAGUGUAGAAAGUUUAAUGCUUCCUCAAAGCGAGGAGCAGCUAACCACCUACUGAAGUGUGGGGUUGCGGAAUUAAACAACUGAGAUUUAGCUUUUCAGAUGCCUCUUUGCGCCUUUGUUGUAUCUGUUUACAGGAAACGCCGCUAAAAGAAACUGGGAGGUGUGUACACACGUUUCCAGUAAGUAGAGUGCCAGCACUGGGCGCCCGCAGCCGUGCGAGAAAUACUUGGUUGAACAAGAGGAUUGCAGGCUCUUGCCCAACAACCUGUGGUUCUUGUCUCUGUCUUAAUUCCUCACACCCUUUCCUCUUUUUGCCGCUUCAUUUUAAAGCGAAGCAUGCCCUUCUACAGUGAUAAAAGGCAGUUCCACGAUACAUCAUAGAAUCCUCUGUGUCACUAGUCUUCCUUUGCUGAAAAAAGAAAUAACUGACUGUUGCCACAGGAAGCAAAAUAAUACAUGUUGUGAAUCCCUGAGGAGAGCUGCUAUAGGAGGUCACAAAAUAAAGCCCCAGUUCUCAGAAGCAUGCUUCACAAAUACGGAUCAUGCUAUGUGACUUACACGCUUAUCAGGCAAAAGUGUCUGAAGUUUCCCGUAAAGUGGAGCUUGUGGAAGAGUAAGGGCAGUGUCUUAGGAGGAAUCACGAUAGAUGCAGCUCAAUAGCUGGAGAUUGUUUUUCCCCAUGAUGGAUGGAUAUUCUAAAGAAAGUUUGAAGGUACUUGUAAAUAAUUUGACUGAAUGCCAGGAUAUAGGAAGGAGAAAGAAAAUUAAGCACAUGUGGAAGAAUUGUAUCCUUCUUUCACCUAGUCCCUGGAUAUUGAUGAAAUUUUGUCCUAAGAAGAAAUAACGACUUGAAGGAUUAGAACAAAGGUGGACAGAUAAGAGAAGUAUUGAGCAUCUCCAAGGAAACAGAAACCAGUAUGACAGAAAAUAUGAGAUCUCUCAGAAACUUUUUUCUUUACAAGUGUCUGUUUGCAUUAACUUUUUGGAACUGUGUCAGCCUGUCUGUGGAAAAUGAACUCUUCACGUCUGUUUCUAACGAAGAUGGUUCUGACAAAAUAAUCAAGAGCCUGCCACUCCUCUAUACAAAUAGUCAUCAGUCCAAAGCUAAUUUUGACUGGGUUUUGAUACAAAAUACUACAGAAAGCCUAUCGUUGUCAGAAAUCACAAAUGACAAUGUAAAAAAAUUAGUAGCAUUAUUAUCUAAUUUCAGACAAGGCUCCAGGUUACAAAAUCUGACACUGACAAAUGUGUCAGUUGACUGGAAUGCUCUUAUUGAAAUUUUUCAGACUGUAUGGCACUCAUCCAUUGAAUACUUCAAUGUUAACAAUGUAACACAAUUGUCGGACAUCAAAAGCUAUGACUUUGACUAUUCAGGUACGUCUAUGAAAGCAGUCACAAUGAAGAAAGUUUCAAUCACAGCUCUGUACUUCUCACAGAAUGACCUGUACGAAAUAUUUGCAGACAUGAAUAUUGCAGCCUUGACAAUAACUGAAUCAGAGAUGAUACAUAUGCUGUGUCCUUCGUCUGACAGUCCCUUUAGAUACUUAAAUUUUUUAAACAACGAUUUAACAGAUCUGCUUUUUCAAAAAUGUGACAAAUUAAUUCAACUGGAGACAUUAAUCUUGCAGAGGAAUAAAUUUGAGAGCCUUUCCAAGGUAAGCUUCAUGACUAGCCGUAUGAAAUCACUGAAAUACCUGGACAUCAGCAGCAACUUGCUGAGUCACGAUGGAGCUGAUGUGCAAUGCCAGUGGGCUGAGUCUCUGACAGAGUUGGACCUGUCCUCAAAUCAGUUGAUGGAUGCCGUGUUUGAGUGCUUGCCAGUCAACGUCAAAAAACUCAACCUCCAAAACAAUCACAUCACCAGCGUCCCCAAGGGAAUGGCUGAGCUGAAAUCCUUGAAAGAGCUGAACCUGGCAUCGAACAGCCUGGCCGACCUGCCGGGGUGCAGUGGCUUUACGUCGCUGGAGUUCCUGAACGUAGAGAUGAAUUUGAUCCUCACCCCAUCUGCCGCCUUCUUCCAGAGCUGCCCACGGGUCAGGGAGCUACAAGCCGGGCACAACCCGUUCGAGUGUUCCUGUGAACUGCAAGACUUUAUCCGUCUGGAGAGGCAGUCUGGGGGGAAGCUGUUUGGCUGGCCAGUGGCGUAUGUGUGCGAGUACCCGGAAUACUUGCAAGGAACGCAGCUGAAGGACUUCCACCUGACUGAACUGGCUUGCAACACGGUGCUCUUGCUGGUGACAGCUCUGCUGCUGACGCUGGUGCUGGUGGCUGUUGUGGCCUUUCUGUGCAUCUACUUGGAUGUGCCGUGGUACGUGCGGAUGACGUGGCAGUGGACGCAGACAAAGCGGAGGGCUUGGCACAGCCACCCCGAAGAGCAGGAGACCGUUCUGCAGUUUCACGCGUUCAUUUCCUACAGCGAGCACGAUUCGUUGUGGGUGAAGAACGAGCUGAUCCCGAACCUGGAGAAGGGGGAGGGCUGUGUACAACUGUGCCAGCACGCGAGGAACUUUAUCCCCGGCAAGAGCAUUGUGGAGAACAUCAUUAACUGCAUUGAGAAGAGCUACAAGUCGAUCUUCGUGUUGUCUCCCAACUUUGUGCAGAGCGAGUGGUGUCACUAUGAGCUGUACUUUGCCCAUCACAAAUUAUUCAGCGAGAAUUCCAACAGCUUAAUCCUCAUUUUACUGGAGCCGAUCCCUCCGUACAUUAUCCCUGCCAGGUAUCACAAGCUGAAGGCUCUCAUGGCAAAGCGAACCUACCUGGAGUGGCCGAAGGAGAGGAGCAAGCAUCCCCUUUUCUGGGCUAACCUGAGGGCAGCUAUUAGCAUUAAUCUGCUAAUGGCUGAUGGGAAGCGGUGUGGGGAAACAGAUUAAGAAUCUUUCUAAUGGAGUUUCUUCCAUUUUUUCUUGGUGAAGCAAUAAAUGCUUUAUGAUUUCCA